CGACUCGGCCGACUCGCGAACUCUCGUGCUCUACGUGGGAAACGUGCGAUCAAGCGGUCGCGUUUACACGAGAAGACACGAGACGCCUCCACGUGUCGUUGUCAAACGCUCGACGUCAGACCUUUCCUCCACGACAGCCGCAAGUCGUCUCACCGUCACCUGUUAUCUGUUUAAACACCCCGUGAGACUCUUAUUUCUCACUAUCGACACUCCUCUCUCUGCCCAGUAAGAUCUUACGCGACAAGACCGGAGUAUUUGAGAUAAUUGUGUCGAUCGUGAAUUUCUAUCUUCUUAUUUUCUCACUUAUCUGCAAUCAGUUAUGCAUUUAUAAGUAAGGCAGUCGGUAUCAGCCACAUUGCUGUUUACCUCGCCUAUUGGUUCCGGGUACCGGUUCUGUAUCUUUAUUUUUGUAUUGUGUUACUUUACUUAUUCGCUUUUUUACACCAAUAAAGUCGUUAUUAUUAUUAUUAUUAUGUCAGAUUUGACGAAGCAUUAAAAAAAACUAAAGAUCAGAACAAUUAACGAGAUACGUGCCACAUCCGACUGCCAAUCGACCUUUUCGUCAGAAUACCCCGCCGCAUACGAAAGUGUAAAUUCCCGACUGUUGACUAUCAAACAAUUACUAUCGGCCAGUUGGCUGGUUGGCUGGCCAGCUACUUUGAUAUACGCCGUACUACCGUUUACACGUUCGCUGCAUCGGACGACCACGUGAACACGUCGACACCGAUCUGUUUGACGUAUUUUCUUCGUUUUGUUUACACAUCGAUCGUCAUUGCGGUUCGCCAACGACGAUAUAACGUGGAUAUUUAGCGCGUAGAAGAUUACGAUUAUGAAGGACACCACCACGAAUUACUCCGAGCCGUGGACCUUGCCACCGAAGCAAGGCCUUUACGACCCUACUCUCGAGCGGGAGGCAUGCGGCGUCGGUUUUAUCGUAGCCAUUGACGGAAAGAGGUCGCACAAGAUCGUCCGAGAUGCCCAGAUACUAUCGGCGCGAAUGAAUCACAGAGGGGCAUGCGCCUGCGAUAACGAUACCGGCGACGGUGCUGGUGUACUUUGCGCAAUACCACACGACUAUUACGCCAAUGAAAUUUGUGAACAACAGAAUGUCGAAUUGCCCGAGUUCGGACGAUACGCGACCGGUAUCUUGUUCCUCGACAAGAAAACCCACAAGGAAGCGGAAGAUGCGUUCGAGAAGCUGGCUAAGGAGUGUAAUUUGAGAGUACUUUGCUGGCGCGAUGUGCCCACCGAUGAUACGCAGAUCGGCCAAGUGGCGAAGAAAUGCGAACCUUACAUGCGUCAAGUGUUCGUUACCGGCGAUCAAGACGCGGAUAUGCUUAAACGACAGAUAUUCGUACUGAGGAAGAGAUCGUCGCACUCGAUACCACGACCGGGAUUGCGAUACUACAUCUGCUCGUUGUCGCUGAAGACGGUUGUCUACAAGGGUCAGCUCACCGCCGAUCAAUUAUGGUUGUAUUUCACGGAUUUGAAGUCUCCCAAAUUCGAGACCUAUUUGGCGCUGGUGCAUACGCGCUUCUCCACAAACACGUUCCCGAGUUGGGAGAGAGCACAUCCUCUCCGAUUGCUCGCCCACAACGGCGAAAUUAAUACUCUCCGCGGCAACGUGAACUUCAUGAAGGCGCGCGAGGGUGUGAUGAGCAGCAGGAUUUAUGGCGACCAGCUGAAGCUGCUUUACCCGGUCGUGGAGCCAAAUCUGUCCGAUUCCGGAUCGGCGGACUGUGUGCUCGAGUUCCUGGUGAUGGCGGGACACCGCUCCUUGCCCGAGGCUGUCAUGACGAUGGUGCCGGAGGCUUGGCAAAACGACUUGACGAUGGUCACCGAGAAACGCGACUUCUACCAUUGGUCGGCGUGCGCCAUGGAACCUUGGGACGGCCCGGCACUCCUCACCUUCACCGACGGCCGCUACGUCGGCGCUAUCUUGGACAGAAACGGCCUGCGCCCGUCGCGCUUCUACGUCACUAAGGAUAACAUGAUGGUGAUGGCGUCCGAAGUGGGCGUCUAUGAUACUCCGCCCAGCAAUGUAGUCCUGAAGAGUCGCUUGAAGCCCGGCCGAAUGCUUCUCGUUGACACCGAAGAGAAGAGGAUCAUAGAGGAUGUCGAGUUGAAGUUGCAGAUCGCUCGUAGCAGGCCGCACUCCAAGUGGCUCAAGGAACAGAUUACUAUGGAUGAAUUGCGCGCAGCGCACGUCCACAAUACCAAUGCAGAAGACGUGAUCGAGAACAGGCAGGUGUCCAUCGAGACGGAAAUCGCGAAGAAGAACGCCAUCAACGAUAUAAAUGGCGAGGUUUCGGCUGUGAAUAAAGUAUGGAGUGGCGACAAACGACUCUCUCUUUAUGGCUACACUCUGGAAACCAUCAAUUUGCUACUCUUGCCUAUGGUGCAGACCAAGAAAGAAGCACUGGGAUCCAUGGGCAACGACGCUCCCUUGGCAUGCUUGUCGGAGUUCCAGCCGUUGUUGUACGAUUACUUCAAGCAAUUGUUCGCGCAGGUGACUAAUCCGCCGAUCGACCCGUUCCGCGAGAAGAUCGUGAUGUCGAUGCUCUGCCCGAUCGGGCCCGAGAGCAAUAUUCUGGAGCCGAGCGAGUUGCAAGUGCAUCGCUUGUUCUUGCCGCAACCUAUACUGUCGCUGAUUGACUUGGAGGUCAUCAAGCGCACCACUCACCGUGGAUGGAGGACGAAGGUAAUUGACAUCACUUACCCCGUCGAAGACGGGCCCGGUGGGCUGCUGAAGACGCUGAACCGCGUGAAUAACGAGGCGAACGCGGCCGCUAGACAGGGUUAUCAGAUGCUCGUAUUGUCCGAUCGUCAGGGUGGCCCAAAGAGAGUGCCGGUUAGCAGUUUGUUGGCUUUGGGCGGCGUUCAUCAUCAUCUGAUUGAGGAGCGACAGCGAAUGAAGGUCGGCCUCGUCCUGGAAACAGCGGAGGCACGAGAGGUCCACCACAUCUGCGUGUUGCUCGGUUACGGAGCGGACGCUAUAUGUCCUUACUUGGUGUUCGAGAUGGCGAAGAACCUGAGAGCGGACAACGUUUUCGACACAAACUUCACCGACAAAAUUAUCUAUAGGAAUUACGCGGACGCGAUGGAACGAGGAAUCGCGAAAGUGAUGGCGAAAAUGGGAAUCUCGACUCUGCAGUCUUACAAGGGAGCGCAGAUAUUCGAGGCAGUUGGACUGGCCGACGAGGUUAUCGAUAAGUGCUUCAAGGGCACUCAGUCGCGCAUCGGCGGCGUGACGUUCGAUAUUCUGGGCAAGGAGGCGUUCGAGAGGCAUCAGGUCACGUAUUGGGAGAAGCCCAUGGACAUGCUGGUGAUUCGCAAUCCGGGUAUCUAUCAUUGGCGAUCCGGCGGCGAGAAGCAUAUCAACGAUCCCACUAGCAUCGCGAAUUUACAGGACUACGUUGUCUCCAAGAGCAACUCUGCCUACGAGAAUUACCGCAGGACCACGAUGGAAGUGGUGCAAGCCUGCACCCUGCGCGGCCAGCUCGAGCUGAAGAAGUCGCGCGAGCCGAUCUCUAUUACGGAGGUGGAAGCGGCGUCGGAGAUCGUGAAGCGUUUCGCGACCGGCGCGAUGAGCUUCGGCAGCAUUUCCAUGGAGGCUCACACCACACUGGCGAUCGCUAUGAACCGCAUCGGCGGCAAAUCGAACACCGGCGAAGGCGGAGAAAAUGCGGACAGAUACCUGAACCAAGAUCCGGAAUUCAGCAAACGCUCGUCGAUCAAACAGGUGGCGAGCGGCCGCUUCGGCGUGACCGCCAGCUACCUGGCGAACGCGGACGACCUACAGAUCAAGAUGGCGCAAGGCGCGAAGCCGGGCGAGGGUGGCGAGCUACCCGGCUACAAGGUCACCGCGGAGAUCGCCGCGACCAGACAUUCGGUAGCUGGGGUCGGCUUGAUCUCGCCGCCGCCGCACCACGAUAUCUAUUCCAUCGAGGACCUGGCCGAGCUGAUCUACGACUUGAAGUGCGCCAAUCCGAACGCCCGCAUCUCCGUCAAGCUGGUGUCCGAGGUCGGAGUGGGCGUAGUCGCCGCCGGCGUCGCCAAGGGCAAGGCCGAACACGUGGUGAUAUCCGGCCACGACGGUGGUACCGGCGCCAGUAGCUGGACCGGCAUCAAGUCCGCCGGGCUGCCGUGGGAACUGGGCGUUGCCGAGACGCACCAGGUGCUGACUCUGAACAACCUGAGGUCGCGAAUGAUCGUCCAAGCGGACGGUCAGAUGCGCACGGGCUUCGACAUCGUGGUGGCGGCGUUGCUCGGUGCAGACGAAUUCGGCUUCAGCACCGCGCCGUUGAUCGCCAUGGGCUGUACGAUGAUGAGGAAGUGUCAUCUGAACACUUGCCCGGUGGGCAUUGCCACGCAAGACCCGAUAUUGAGGAAGAAGUUCGAGGGCAAGCCGGAACACGUGGUCAAUUUCUUCUUUGCGCUGGCUGAGGAGGUUCGCUCGCACAUGGCUAGCCUGGGGAUCCGGAAGUUCCAAGACCUGAUCGGUCGCACCGAUCUCCUUAAGGUACGCGACAACAUCACCAUCGAGAAAGCCAAGACCCUGAACCUCAGCAACAUUCUGCGAUGCGCUUUGGACUUGAGACCCGGUGUGAACAUCAAGGGCGGCACCGUGAAGCAAGACUUCCAGUUGGAGAACAGGCUAGACAACAAGCUGAUCGAACUAGCCGAGCCUGUUUUGAACGGUGAACAGAAUCGCGUCGAUAUCGAGAUGAGCAUCAACAACGAAUGCAGAGCGUUUGGCUCAACCCUGAGUUACCACGUAGCCAAGCGAUUCGGAGAGGACGGAUUGCCUGAGCAUAGCAUCAACAUCAAAAUGAAAGGCUCAGCGGGACAGAGUUUCUGCGCCUUCAUGACGAAAGGCAUCCACGUCACCCUCGAAGGCGAUGCCAACGACUAUGUCGGCAAGGGUCUCUGCGGGGGAGAAAUCGUCAUAUAUCCUCCGAAGGACUCCGACUUCAACUCGGACCUGAAUGUGAUCGUCGGGAACGUCUGCCUGUACGGCGCGACCUCCGGCAAGGCUUACUUCCGCGGCAUCGCCGCCGAGAGGUUCAGCGUGCGUAACAGCGGCGCAGUCGUCGUGGUGGAAGGCGUGGGCGACCACGGCUGCGAGUAUAUGACCGGCGGUUGCGCCUUGAUUUUGGGUCUGACCGGCAGGAACUUUGCCGCCGGCAUGUCCGGCGGAAUCGCGUACGUCUUGGACGUGGACGGCUCCUUCAAGAGUAAAUGCAACCCCGAAACGGUGGAGCUACUGCCGCUGAACAAGCCCAAAGACAUCGCCUACGUGAAGCAAUUGCUGGAGGAGUUCAUCGAGAAAACCGGCUCCCUGAUCGCGCAAUGCUUACUAGCCAUGUGGCCGGAACCAACCACGAGAUUCGUCAAGGUCUUCCCGUACGAGUAUCAGCGCGCCUUGAAGCAGCUGGAAGAGCCGAAGACGGUCGCCGUGCUGAACGGUGAUUCGAAAGUCGCGGAUGAGAAGGUGAAGGACAUAGAGGACGCGAUCGAGGACGCGGAAAUGGCGCAACGCAAGUUGGACAAGAUCAGAGGCUUCAUGAAGUACCCGCGGCAGAAGAGCAUGUACAGGCCGAUUGAGAAGCGUAUAGAAGACUGGGACGAGAUAUACAACUUCCAGGGUGUCAGGAAGACACUGCGAACGCAAGCGGCGAGGUGCAUGGAGUGCGGCGUGCCUUUCUGCCAGAGCAGCCAUGGCUGCCCGUUGGGCAACAUCAUACCGAAAUGGAACGACCUCGUAUUCCACUCGAACUGGAAGGAGGCCCUGAAUCAGUUGUUGCAAACCAACAAUUUCCCCGAGUUUACCGGAAGAGUCUGCCCGGCGCCCUGCGAAGGUGCGUGCGUGCUGGGGAUCUCAGAGCCUCCGGUAACGAUCAAGAACAUCGAAUGCGCGAUAAUCGAUCAUGCGUUCGAGCAAGGUUGGAUCGUGCCUCAUCCGCCCACCAGACGAACCGGGAAGAAGAUCGCCGUGGUGGGUUCCGGUCCAGCGGGAUUAGCUGCCGCUCACCAGCUGAACAAGGCGGGCCACAUGGUGACCGUGUACGAGAGGAACGACAGGAUCGGCGGGUUGCUGCAGUACGGAAUACCGACGAUGAAGUUGUCGAAACAAGUCGUGCAGAGACGCGUCUCCCUGCUCGCUGCGGAGGGGAUUAUUUUCAGGACAGGCGUCGACGUCGGCAAGGACGUCACGACGCAGGAGCUUCGGGAACAAUACGAUGCAGUAUUGCUAACUACCGGCGCGACCUGGCCGCGGGAUCUGCCGAUCCCUGGUCGGAGCAGCCUAGAGGGCAUCCACUUUGCCGUCAGCUUCUUGGAGCACUGGCAGAAGAAGCAGAUGGGCAACACCGCGCCCCUCGACAUGCGACUGUUGGCCAAGGACAAAGACGUGAUCAUCAUAGGAGGCGGCGAUACCGGAUGCGAUUGCAUAGCGACCUCGUUGCGCCAAGGUGCGAAGACGAUCACGAGCUUCGAGAUCCUGCCGACGCCGCCGGAACAGCGUGGAAAGGACAACCCAUGGCCUCAAUUCCCGCGAGUGUUCAAGGUGGAUUAUGGUCACGAGGAAGUGUCGCUGAAAUGGGGCCGAGACCCGCGUAGGUACAGCACGCUGAGCAAGGAGUUCUUGGACGAUGGGAAUGGCCAUGUGUGCGGCAUCAGAACGGUGUCCGUGGAGUGGACGAAGGACGAAAACGGCCGAUGGAAGAUGGACGAGGUGCCGAAUUCGGAGAGGGUGUACAAGUGCGACCUAGUGCUGCUCGCUAUGGGUUUCCUCGGGCCCGAGAAGUACAUUGCCACGGAGCUGAGCGCCGAGCUCGACGAGAGAGGGAACUACAAAACCCCGGCCGGGAAAUAUCACACCAGCAUACCCGGCGUGUACGCGGCGGGCGAUUGCAGACGUGGGCAGUCUCUCGUAGUAUGGGCGAUCUCGGAGGGCCGAUUGGCUGCGAAGGAAAUCGACCUAGCCUUGAUGGGAGAGACCGGCCUUCCCGGAAGCGGUGGUGUCAUAGCUGCUGGCGUUACCGCUUAAGGAUCUUCGCGAUGGAUGUUGGUCUUCCAGUUAGAAUACGAAAAGACCUACCGCGUGCGCGCACCGCCAGAAACGAGUCGUAUCGACUGUUAGGAGACGAGAGGAGGGUCCUCGAAGAUUCAAGGAUGCAGGAUCCGGGAUUCGAAAAUUCCGAGAAUCCCAGAAGAAACGAGCCUAGAAUUGUAGGGUGUCUAUGAUUCAGGAGUCCGGAGAAUGUAACCAUUCGGAAAUCCGAGGAUUCGAGUCUUCGACAAUCCGAGGAUUUGAGCUUUUGGUGAUCCGAGGAUCUAUAGUUCCUCGGAUUUGGUGGCGCAAGAUCAAGGAAUCUUGGAACAAGAUAACUGAAAAAUUUAAGGUUUUGAAGGUAUAAUGAAGGUAAAAUAUACACACACAAUUUUUAGCAACUUAAUGAUCAGGGAACUCGUGGAUUACAACUUCCAGCAAUCCGAGGAAUUGUACAUCUUGGGAUUGAAGAAUUCGAAUAUUCAAGAAUCUAACAACGAGAAGAUUAGAAAUGUGUGUAUGUACUAAUUUCCUAAGGGAACAAUUCGAGAAUUCAAGGAUCCAAAAUGUUAAUCAUUUAAGAAUAAAACAAUCUCAAAAUCUCAACACCCGAAAAUAAAAAAAAAUCAAGAAUUUGAGAGCUUUUGUGAAAUCGAAAGAAUUAACGGCGUAUCUAUUUUGUGUUAUGAAAGUAACAUCAGUAAUCUGAAAAAUUGGAAUACAUGUCUAUCUAAGAAAAAUUUAACAUCGAACAAGUGAGAGAUAAAAAAUUCUAAGAAACACAAGGAUCCACGAUAUCUAAUGACACGACAAACUAAAAAUUCAAGGAGCUAAUGAGUUCGAGAUAGGUUCUCAGAACACGAGCUGAGAAUGUGAUAACCAAGUGAGAAACGAGAAACGAAGUAAGAUAAUUUCGUUGCGCGAAUCUCUCCGUGUUAGUAACGGAAAUAUUAAAUAAAUGUAAUUCCGUAACGUAAUGUAGUAAAGCCGUCUAAUGCAAGCGUUUGGUUCGUCCAAAUAGAAUUAAUUACACGCGAGAAUUAGAGCUUCGAGUAAUAAAGAAAAACCUGAGAUGUCGGAGCGAACUGUAGCAGAAUCUACAUUACGCGGUACACUUCACCAAACGAACUGUUUGUUUUAACAUGCAACUGCAAAUUUAUUCAUUUGGAAUUAAAAAUUCGGAUGCUUCUCUAAAACGCUAUUUAUCGCGAGUAUAUCUGUAUAUGAAAUUUUUUUUAUGUUCCUAGUUCUACGCAGUGAAUAUCGAGAAGUUGGUUUAUAUCCUCAAUCAGUCUUUUAUGCGCAUAUUUUUGAUUUUUUAAACACAAUUAUGAAACUACUUCUUAUAGAAUCAUAAUUAUUAAGGAAAUAUACGCAAGUACAAGAAGAGUAUCCGUGUAUCUAAGAAAAAGAACACUAUAUAUCUGUGACAUUUAUUAUGUUGCGACAUAGAAUAAAUAUAUUCUUGCAUUUAAAAAUAUCUAUAUUUUAGAUUUUAUUAUAUAUUUUAUUUUAUCAUUUUAUUAUAUCGUCAGAGAUAUUAUAUUAGUGGUUUUUCACACGCAAAAUAAACGAACCAUUUGUUUUGUAUAUAGCCUCAUUUUUUCUGAAGUUAUAAGUUACUAUUUAAAAAUUGAAAAUACAAGCAGAAAAGAAUCAAAGAAAACAAGAAGAUAUACGGGUACUUUUGUUGUACAACAUUUAUUUUUUGUUCAUCGUCAGUAUAUGAUGUUUACUAUUAGUAUUUUUGACGUUCGGCUUCGAUUCUAAGCGAUCGCCUAGAUUGCCUAUCAUCAUAUCAUUACGGAUCUGCUCGUAUUAUCGGCGGGAUGAAUUACACGAGUUACCGAAAGAUUAUAGAAUAGCAUAAAAAAUAAGAGAACAAUGUAGCACUUGUACUAUAUAAUGUCGUCCACUGUAAUUCCAUUUAUAAUUCCGUCAAUUAAUUCAACGUCGCGUCUCCACAAGCCGAUAUGUGGAACGAUAUGUCAACUCUUUAACCGCAAUUUUAAUUCAAUUAAGCACAAUGUGGAUGAAUUGUCUCCUAACUAUUUUUUAGGAAAGAAGGAACAUCUUUUGAAGCACGUUAACGAUCGUAUAUGCUUAAAAGAAAGAAAAAUAGGUACAGUAAAUGCAAGGGAAAAGGAUAAUGAAAAGGUAAAAGUCUUGGGAAAUGCUCGGUGUAACAGAAUUGCAAAAAUUAGAUACGAUAAAAGCGGAAACAAACGUACGUUAACAAAAAAAGAAAGAAGGUAAAUACGACAUGCAGUACAUGUAACGCGAAAGAUCUAAACUCUUCCAAUUAAAUAUCACGUCGGAUAAUUAACCGAAGUACCUAUCUUCUUAAUCUCCUGAUUACAUAUGGUAGGAAAAACGAAGAAACGCUUCAACUUGAAAUGCGAUUAUAUAUAGGUUAAGAAUAACGACGAGACUUCGUGUUUAAACAACACAAAAGUAAAUCGGCAGUAUCGGUUAAGGAAUUCAUGUCAUUGUAACCUAAGUAGAUUUUCGCAGGCUGAAGAUACAUCGUUUGAGUUACGUUCGUGUGAACUACAGUUGCACUCUUAGGCGCGUCCCAUUAGGAAGAGAAGAUUAGCGCUUUCAAUCGCUUCGUUCUUGCAAGGCUCACCGCCACUUACGAAGAAGAAAUCUAUAGCUCUAGACCCGAAAUUGAAAAUUUCUCACCGAGAGCCAAUCAUCAACGACAAGAGGAAUUAACGAUUCGUAUUAGACGCGGUUCAUUUGUAACGCGAUUUACCAUUUAUUUAUACCACUGUAAAUUUCAAAAUACACACAAUAUCUUGAGACAAUAAAUAUAUAUUGAAUGUUA